AAUAAAUAAAUUGUACUUUAAAUUGUAAUCUUUUCUCUGGCUGGCUGUUUAAGUGCUCUCUUUGGAUGUUAAGCAGCUGCUGCACCCAAGUCAGCCUUGAUCACUAAAAGAAUCGGCCAAGGCUCCACAGAACGUCGUGUUCCUGAGCAAAGAUGCUAGCGAGUUUAGGGGUGGGUUUUUUGUUGUUGCUGGGAAGGCAAGGAGACAGAGACGGCCAGGGAUUUCUUAUCUUGUUAGUGCAUUCCUCAGAUGCCUAUGUUAGCUGGUGCUAAGCCAGGCUGAAGGCAGGAGAUGGGAACUUGGUCUCCCUGUGAGUGACAGGGACCCACAUACUUAGGCAAUCACCUCCUGCCUCCUGGGGUGCAGCUGAGCCAAGGCGUGGGAAUGAGGAGCAGCUGAACUCAACCCUUGGGCUUCCAAGGCAGCUUAACAGCUACACCACAUAUCUGCCCACGCUAGGGGAAUUAAAUGUGGGGGUUUUUUUUCUAAUGGAAAAUUUCAACUUCCAGUGGGUUUUUAUUCAAAUAUAACCCCAUUGUAAUUGAGGAACAGCUGUAUAUUAAAAUGCAGGACAGAAUUGUAAACAUUUGGUUUUGGUACAGGAAGGGGGUCUCUGAGAGUGUCGUCUUUGUACUCUUCCGAUACAAAUCACAGAGAAUGAGACUCACUCCAGGCACUUUGUGAUGGAUCCAGGCAUCGUUAUCCCAGGCAGGUGUGCUUUUUUGGUGCUACUGAGUCUGGAAUUUCCAACCUACUCUUCUGAAAGUUGCUCAGCAUCUCUGUAUCCUGGGUCCCUUAAGGUCAGUAAUUGUUCCAUCAAGGGGCACUGCCCAGAGGUUCAAUGACACAGAGCAGGUGUUAUAUAAGCCUUGGUAUUCCUUAGCCAAAGAAGGGAGCUACCAUUGCUUACUCUUCCAAUUGCUUAUUUGUCUUGUUUCUGUCUGACCUCAGGUUUCUAGAGGUGGGCACCAAGUAGCCAGAGAAGCAGGGCCAAACAGAAAUCGAACAUCUGGUUCCCAGCCUAGCACAUCAGAGGAUCAAGAGUGACCAGGGCCCUCAACUCUGCAGCCCAGGCUUUGAACGAACAACAGAAGUUCUCAAUGAUGACAGAGGAGAAUCUAGACAGUGAAACAAAGAGGGGAGGAAGCCCUUUGGAGCCAGAAGCUACAUCGAAGCCAGAGGCCUUCCCGGGACCCUUCCAUCUGCCUGAAUGUGGGCUGGCAGAGAGCGUCCAGAAGGAGACCAAUGUGCUCUGGGAACCAGGCCAGGAAGGGAGGCUGGAAAGAGGCCCCAGGGAUGAGAUGGUGUCUGAGCAGCCGACCCUGCAGGUGGACGAGGCGGCGGAUGUGGUGCAGGACAUCAGGAAGAGAGACAACUGGUGGAAUGCAUGGGUGCAGAAGCCAGUCACCUAUGAGGAUGUGGCAGUAGACUUCACGCAGGAAGAAUGGGACUGUCUAGAUGCCAGCCAGAGGGCCCUGUACCAGGAUGUGAUGGCAGAAAUCCGUAGGAACCUGGCAUCUGUGGCCAGCAUCUUUCUGACUAAACCAAAUGUUAUCACCAACUCUGAACCAAAAGAGGAAUCGCAGAGAGCUGCUGUCUGUCCCCCGAACAGCAGAGGCCUCAUUUCAGGGGACAAGAAGGAAGAACUUCAAGAGCAAGGACAGAGUCAAAGAGAGAGAGAGGAGGGAAAGAGCGAUGACAUGGCAUCCCUUGCUUGCACAAGCAGAGACCAGAGUCCACCUUCUGCACCAGCUGGGUCUCCGGACAAGACCCCAGUGUUGCCAACAUCCCAGGCUGGGUCACCCUUCUCCUGUCUCACCUGCGGCAGAAGUUUCAGCAAGAGCUCUUACCUGCAGAGCCACCAAUUUGUUCACAGCCCCAAGCCCACUAACAGCUGUAGCCAGUGUGGGAAGCUGUUUCGGAACCCCAAGGCCCUCAGCUACCACAGACGCAUGCAUCUUGGGGAGCGGCCCUUCCGCUGCCCGCUGUGCGACAAGACUUACUGUGACGCAUCUGGCCUGAGUCGUCACCGCCGCGUCCAUCUGGGCUACCGGCCCCAUUCAUGCCCCGUGUGUGAAAAGAGAUUCAGGGACCAGUCUGAGCUCAAACGUCACCAAAAGAUACAUCAAAACCAGGAACUGGUAGCUGGGAAUCAGGAGCAACCGGUGAGGACUCUGGACACUGAGGCUGGAUUUCAGGUUCCCAUUGUCAGAAAACAGAGGCUUGUGGAUACAAACCAGGCACCAGAGCCCAGGGCCCAAGAACGUGCAUUUAGAACCCAGGGUCCUGUGACCAGGAACCAGGUGAUCACUAGAGGAAAUCAGACAGCAGUUGCUACAGCCCCAGAGCCUACAUGUGGGACCCAGGCAUCUGGCACCAGCUCCCCCCACCUGGAUACCAGACCCAACACCUUCCCAGGGAAGCCCUCAAAAUUCAAAAUCUUCAUUUGCCCCAAUUGCCCCUUGAAUUUUAACAAGAAAUCACAUCUUUCUAGACACCAGCAGACCCACUUUCCGGAGCGGCCCAGCCGUUGCUUCCACUGUGGCAAGUGUUUCGGCUCAGUUUCUAGACUGGUGGAGCACCAGCAGGUGCACUGGACACAGAAGAUCUAUCGGUGCCCCAUUUGUGACGUGUGCUUUGGGGAGAAAGAGGCCCUCCUGGGUCACUGGAAGAACUCUAAGAACCAGGAACGGUUCCUGGGAAGCUCCCCUCAAUGCUGGGUGGUCCUGAGCCAGUGGCUUGGCUUUUCUCAAUCUGCCUCGCCUUUAGUUGUCAAAGACCAGAAGCCUGGAAGAAGCGAAUCUCCUAGAAUACAAACUCACAGGGGUGGGGAGGCGAGCAAGAACGUGUGCAAAUGAGACGAGGCCUAGGAGGAGGCAAGGGGCUGGCAACGCACAGAAACAAUGUUUUCUGAGGGUUGACCUUGUCUUUACUGUUCCUGAGAACUGACCACUGGGGUCAGCAGGGAGAGAGGUGAGCAGGGAACGAAAGCAGUAUCAAAAAGGAAAAGCAGGUGUGCGCGUGGAAGUUUGUGUUAUUAAUAAUUAGCACCUAAUUUGUUUCUCCAUGUCUGAUAGACCAUCAGGUCGUAAUCAUUGAGUGGGACAGUGGAUAAUCCGACAGGUGUGAAGAUGGAGAAAAGAGAUGAGAAGAGGGAAAGAGUGAGGUCUCCAUGGGGGAAACGGAAGGGUAGUAUUCCAAAGCGAAUGUGUUGCCACCUCCCAGCCUUCACCCACCUCAGUCCUUGCUAGGUGCUCAGGCAACAUGGAGCUCUGGCCAGCGUUUCGUGGGUUUCUCCCCAUCUCUGGUUUUUGGUCGGGGGUUCUCAGCCCACUCAGCUGUUCCAGACGUUUUGGGCCCUUCCCAUACUUCCCAGGUCUGCCCAGUGAGGGCUGUGAUCUUGGGAGGAGGAGCAAAGCUGACACCUGGUCUCUAUUUUGUGGCUGACAGCCUCCCCACUGCCCUCUUACUCCAGCACAGGUGUGCUCUGAAGUGGGCAGAGCACCUUUUGGAUUUGGCCAGAGAGCUUCCAGGUAGAAGAGUGCAGAGUGGAGCAGGAGGAUAUGGGUGGAAAAAAGAAGUGGGCGAGGGUGAGAGGGUGGAAAAAGAUGACAAAUGAAGGGAAAAUCUGUUCUAUUUGGAGUUCCUGUUUCUGGAAAUGUUGAUUGGGAUGCUCCCAUAGUGAACAGGCCUGUGAAUGUGCAGCUUGAUGGAUGAGACAUCUCAAGGUCCAUCCCUGGACCAACCAGGCUCUCUGCGAUCCCUGGCAAGAUGGGAUGUCACUCAGAAGGGGUUUCCUAGAAGAAGGAGAAAACAAUCUGGAAAAACCUGUUCUGUUUAUAGCAGCUCAAUUCUCAAUAGCAAAGAUAGAUCAACCUCGGUAUCCAUCAAUUGAUGACUAGAUAGAGAAAAUGUAUUUUAUGGAAUGUACUUAGCCAUAAAAA